GUCACUAACUGUUAGCUUAGCUAGCUAGCUGAGACUCGGCUCCACCCCCAGGUUGCUCAGCUGUUCUUGUCAGAUAGCCGUUAAACGUUACGUAUUCAUGUAUUCCCAGAGGCAGGCAAAAUUGUAUAUUUUUCAAAAACUCAACAGGUAAAUAAGUCUGAGUAAGCUUUCAACUGAUAUGAGGAAAUGCUGUGUAACUAAGGAGGAGACUGUAUACAUUGGUAUUAGUUUUGGUGCUCUAGGUAUCGACACACCCACUUAAGGCAGUGCCUGCAUGUCUAGCUAAAGAUUAGCUAAAGCUGGGGUUAGCUCAUAUAACGCUGCCAUGGCCUCAGGUGGGGCCCCGGUGCCAGGGGCCACCCAUUUGGCCACCAAGGUGGAGCUGACCAUCUCCUGUGAGAACCUCAUGGACAUGGACGUCUUUUCUAAGUCUGACCCUCUGUGUGCCUUGUACAUCAACACUUCAGGCUCCCGCUGGCAUGAGUUUGGACGCACAGAGAUGAUCCUGAACUGCCUGAAUCCAAAGUUUGCCAAGAAGUUUGUGAUUGACUACUAUUUCGAGGUGGUGCAGAGGCUGAAGUUUUGCGUUUAUGAUAUUGACAAUACCACCUAUGACCUGAGUGAUGAUGAUUUUCUGGGGGAGCUUGAAUGUACCCUGGGCCAGAUUGUUUCUAGCAGGCAGAUAACUCGAUCUUUAUUGCUGGAGGACAAGAGGCCUGCUGGUCAUGGGACCAUCACAAUCUGUGCCGAAGAAAUAACAGAUAACAGAGUGGUAAACUUUGAGGUGUCAGCCCGCAGGCUGGACAAAAAGUUUUUGUGGUGGUCCGACCCUUUCCUGGAAUUCUACAAGCAUACAGAAACUGGAUGGCAGCUGGCUCACAGAACAGAGGUGGUAAAGGACAACCUAAACCCAAUAUGGAGACCCUUCCGCAUCUCAUUGCGAGCUCUCUGUGGAGGAGAUGUGGAGAGACCUAUAAAGGUUGAUUGUUUUGAUCACCAUGUCAACGGCUCCCAUGACCUUAUUGGGAGCUUUAAAGUCACACUUGCGGAGAUGCAAAUGGGAACACACAUUUCCCCGGCUGAAUUUGAGUGCAUUUCCCCAAAAAAGUUAAAGAAGAGAAACUAUAAAAACUCUGGGGUCAUUUGCAUCAAGGACUGCCAGGUGGUGAAGGAGUAUACCUUCCUGGAUUAUAUAAUGGGGGGUUGUCAAAUCAACUUCACUAUCGCCAUCGACUUCACAGGCUCUAACGGGCAUCCCAGCUCUCCCCAGUCCCUCCAUUACAUCAACCCUGAAGGCUAUAAUGAAUACCUGGCAGCCAUCUGGGCAGUGGGUAAUGUCAUCCAGGACUAUGACAGUAACAAGAUGUUUCCUGUCUUCGGUUUUGGAGCCCAGGUCCCUCCCUCUUGGCAGGUUUCCCAUGAAUUUCCUAUCAAUUUCAAUCCGGCAAAUCCAUUCUGCGCCGGCAUAGAGGGUGUGGUGCAUGCCUACCGGCACUGUCUACCCCAGUUGAAGCUCUGGGGCCCCACCAACUUCUCUCCGAUUAUCAACCAUGUAGCCUACUUUGCCAGACAAGCUCUUCGGCAGAAUAUGGCCUCACAAUACUUUGUGCUGCUCAUCAUCACAGAUGGAGUGAUCACAGACAUGGACCAGACACGCACUGCUAUUGUGGAGGCCUCGCGUCUGCCCAUGUCUAUCAUUAUAGUGGGUGUUGGAGGGGCAGACUUCAGCGAAAUGGAGGCCCUUGACAGUGAUGACAAAUUGCUGUGUUCGCCCAGGGGCGAUGUCGCUUCAAGAGACAUCGUCCAGUUUGUGCCCUUCAGAGAUUUCCAAGGAAACAGCGUGGCCCUUGCCCAGAGUGUCCUGGCGGAGCUGCCUGAUCAAGUGACCUCCUUCUUCAAGUCUUACAAGCUGAAACCCCCUAAUAUAUUCGGUGUUUCUGACCCAUCCUAGAAAGGCAGUGAGCUGGGAAAGGGUCGUGGUCAAGCGUUGGACAGGUUGUGGCAGCGAGAAGUCUGAGGAAGAGCAUGGUGCUCGAAAUGUUUCACAGCAUUAAAAAUCCUUCUAAUGGGAGCUAUUUGGUUUGAGGAUCUAUUUAUUUAAAUGAUAUGUCUUUGAUCCAGCACCCAUCCUAUUUGGCAUGGGGAUGUGCAUGUCCUUUUUUAAACAUUUCUUACAUGUUGUUUCAGCACCAUCACCCUGAUGUGACACUGUUUUUUCAGACCUUGUUGACAAAUCCUGGUUGCUUCUGUACAUUUGAGCAAAGUUUAAUUUAUCUAUAAGAUUAUGUCCUUUUUAACGAGAUGUUUAAUUUCGUACCAAGUUUGAGCUUUUUCCUGAUACUGUGGGUUUUUGGCACAUGUUGACUAAAUUUUAGGGAACGUGUGUAAGCAGUUCUAAAAAGUGUAAAUAUAUAUUUUUUCACUAUAGCAUCAGUGCUGUCAACUAAUGUAUGUUCACCACAAAGACACUGAACUUGUAGUGGCAAUCUAAUAACAAAAAAUGCCACUGGAGGAAAUUUGAAGACAUUUCCAACUGUAAUGGUGCAAAUGAUGAGGUCCGCCAUGACGUCUGAGUCUAACACUUUAUUAUUGAAUAAGUUCAACAACGCAAUUUGCACAAACCUACCACACUACACAUGCAGCACAAAUCGAAAUUGGCUACAACAGAACUGUUACCUCUUCUGGCACUGUGGGUUUUUUCUGAUAAAGGAAACAUUAGGUCACAGCUAGUAUACAUAACAUCACAGUCCAGUAAGCUUUAUUUAGGUCAAAUAGCUUUCCAACCGAAUAUAUUACACACUAUUCAAAUGUUAUUUAAAAUGACAUAGUCUACUACUAUUGAAUGAAUUUGUAUCUGUAGUCUUUGGAUUCUUAUACCAAGACUGUUGGGUGUACAAGUUGAUGGCUGGCAGGAAGAAAUCAAGAAAGAUAAUCAAUGUUAUUUGUUUCUGUAUUUAUUUUUUGUUCAUUUCAUAAUGUUUAAAUAUGUUUAUAUGUGUGCACCAAACCAAAGCAAAUUCCUAGUAAGUACUACUUACUGGGCAAUAAAUCUUUUCAGAUUCUGAUUAAAAAAAAAAAAAAAA